ACCGCCAUUUCGCUACUUACUUGUCCGGGGAACGCUUCUGUCUCCUGCUCUACGGUGUCCAGAAUCGGAUCGGCAUGGCUGGUUCAUUCUGUCUGGAUUCUCCUUCAGCACAGGUCCAUUCGCUGCUGUCAGCCCGUCCGGCGUUGCUCCCGUACAGCCAACUGACCCGGAAGCUCUUGCCUACCUCCGACCCUCUGUCUGGCUGUCACGCCAGUGCCCUUGCUUGGCCGUCAUCACACUUUGCUACCAUGCUAUUUGCAUUCAAGUAUACUUUACAUUCAUGUAUACUUUGUUGUUCGGAUUGCUUUCGUAG